AUGGGAGCUUCUUCUAAGCAGGAUCGAUUGAAGGAUGUAAAGGUUAAGCAUCCUGAUAAAGGAGCAGUGGGUCGAUUGGUGCGAACUGAGGUCGAUUUAAGCGAUGUUAUUCCUCCUGGGGUUUUCGAUCAGUCUUCGUCUACUAUCUACCGUUCCCGACGAAAGCCAAGUGCUACUGGAGCUGUUGUGUCGGGAAUCAGGAAAGCGGAGUGGAAAUUGGAGGGUUUGCAUAAAGCUAGGAAACCUAAUCGGGGCGAUUCUCUUCUCAGAACUCCUAUGGAUGCUGAGGAUUACUAUGUGGAUGAUGUUAUAGAAGAAGAGAGGGAGGAUGUAUCGGAAUCUGAUGGUGUGUGGGAAUCCGAUUCCAGUGCUUCUAGGGUUGCUUGUCAAGCUUCGAUCAAGGGUUCUAGUUCCAAUGUUAUGGAUGAAGUGACCAAGGAUUUGCCUCCGAUCAUUCAUGAGUAUUCUAUUCCUUCAGGUAACACUGCAAACUUAUCUAAGAAUUGGGAAAUUCCUAAGGAUGCAGUUGUGAUUUCUAGCCCUAAUUCUGAUUUGAAUCAAGUGAAGAGUCAUAUGAAUAAUGAUGUGAUGGAUAAAGAUGGUGAGGGGUACACUAUGGUCACGGAAAAAGCUGGAAAUGCAAGGACUGCUACUGUGAAGGGGUACACUACAGGUGAUAUUCAUCCUAAUAUUUCUGGAAGCAAAGGUAGUAAUUGGAAUGGAGGGAAUAACAAAAGAGGAAGCUAUAAUACUGAUAAGCAGGGGCAUAAUGGGAAAGAGAGUGUGGAUUUUGGGAAAAAAGAGGAAAAAGUGGAGAAGGGAAAGGGUUUGAAGGGUAGCCAAAAGGAGAACAAUUUUGGAUCUUGUCGAACUUCUUUCCAUCCUGUAUGUGCAAGGGAAGCAAAGCACAUAAUGGAAAUUUGGGGGAAAUUCGGAUGUGAUGAUGUUGAGUUACGAGCUUUUUGCUUAAAGCAUUCUGGACGCCAAAAAGAUCAUAGCCCACAUCUGGAAAACCUUUCUGUUGGAGUUGAAGAUGUGAAAGUGAAUGAUUAUUCUAAUUUCACUCAACUUCUGAAGAAGUUUAUUGAACGAGGAAAAGUCAAUUUGAAAGAUGUGGCCUCAGAGAUUAAUGUUUCUGCUAACUUGUUGGCAUCAAAUCUCGCUGAUGACAGCUUGCCUCCUGAUUUGCAUGGAAGAAUAGUCAAAUGGCUAAAAAGUCAUGCUCAUGUUGGUGGGUUGCAGAAAAACUUGAAGCUGAAACUUGUGUCUCCAUGCAUAUCCAAGGCUGAGAAAGAAUUUGUAGCAUUAGAAAACAAUGUGGGGAAUUCUCCUGUUAAGUCAGCACCACAUAGGAGGAGAACUAAAGGAAAUAUUAGGGUUUUGAAGGAUAACAGUCUUAUAUUGUCUCUAAAAAGGAUUUCUGGAGAUGAUGGGGUUGUUAUGGAUGGGGAUAAAAAUGGUGGACUUGAGGAGUCUUCUCCUGAUUCUAUGGAAAAGAUAUCAGCAGAAUCCUGUCCUGCUUCUGAUCUGUUGGUCAAUAAUUCUGACAGUGGUCAAACUGAGGCUAUAGAAUCUAAGUGUGAUACCAGGGUGAAUUCCAAUCUUGGGAACCAUGAUUGUUUAAAUCCUAUGAAUGACAUCCCUGAUACCAUUAGAACAGAAGCUUUACAUGAUUCUUAUGUCCAUCCACUUAUACUCCUGCAAAAUCAAGUUUUGUCCAAGAUCAAUGCUGACAAGGAAGACACUUUAUCAUGCAUUUCCCAAAAUCAAAAUUCACCCUCUACUGAGUCGAGUUGUGACAUAGAAAAAACUAAGCUCAUAAACAUGUCUCCAAUUGAUGAAUUGGAAGGAGAACUGGUUUACUAUCAGCAUCACCUACUUUGCAAUGCAGUUUCAAGAAAACACCUAGGUGAUGAUUUGGUUUCAAAGGUGAUCAAGGGGAGAAAAGAGAGAAGGCACAAGGAAGCCCAGGUUGUGAUUGCAGCUGCUGCAGCUUCUUCCAGGCUUUCAUCUUUCAGGAAAGAUACACUUGAAGAAUCCGCUCACCAUGAGAAUAAGGUGAAGAUAAAAGCUUUUGGAGGAAGAUCUGCAGUUCAUGCACAACCAAAAGAAACACACCCAAAAUUGUCCGUAACGUGGACCCCACCUGAAAUGAACAUUGAUUCUUCACCAUCAAGUUUAGAUUACAAAGGGCAUUCUAGGGUUUGUGACGUUUGUACACGGGAGGAAACAAUUUUGAAUCCAGUUAUUAUAUGUUCUAGUUGCAAGAAGCAGGGGGUCCCAUCUUUUAGUUACUCAGCGAAGUUGUCUCGUGUGGUGGAAUGUUGCUUAUGUGGUGGCACUACUGGUGCUUUUAGGAAGUCAACUGAUGGUCAAUGGAUCCAUGCCUUCUGUGCUGAGUGGGUUCUGGAAUCAAGAUUCAGAAGGGGGCAGCUGAAACCCAUUCAGGGCAUGGAGACAAUCUCCAGAGGGAAUGAUGUUUGCCUUGUUUGCAGCCGCAAAGUUGGCGCAUGUAUAAAGUGCAAUUAUGGUCACUGUCAAAGCACAUUUCAUCCUACUUGUGGCAAAAGUGCUGGCUUCUUCAUGAACGUGAGAACUAGUGGUGGAAAAAUACAACACAAGGCUUACUGUGAGAAGCACAGCCAAGUGGAGAGAACAAAGGCCGAGACUCAAAAACAUGGAGUUGAAGAAUGGAAUUCCCUCAAGAAAGUCAGGGUUGAAUUGGAGAGAUUACGUCUCAUCUGUGAAAGAAUCAUCAGACGUGAGAAAUUGAAGCGUGAAUUGGUGAUUUGUUCACAUAACAUGCUUCAUUGGAACGGAGAGUCGAUAUGUUCAUCUUCAUCAUCAUGUACAAUAUCCCCUCGUGGGGUUUGCACUAGUUUUGUGUCACCAAAUGUUAGUAUAGAAUCUGCUACAACUUCCUUAAGAGGGGGAUACACAAACAAUUACAAAUCAUGCAGUGAAACCAUCAUCCAAAGAUCCGAUGACAGAGCUUGGACACCAAAUUCUUUUCUUUACAGGUAA